AUAAAUUUCUGCAAGGCAGCCCAGGCACAACCGCCUUUUGCUCCCUUCCUCUUGCUCUGGGCUACAUCAGGAGCUGUGAACCAACACCAUGUGUGACGACGAGGAGGUCACCGCUUUGGUGUGUGACAAUGGCUCUGGCCUGGUGAAGGCUGGCUUUGCCGGUGAUGAUGCCCCCCGUGCUGUCUUCCCCUCCAUCGUUGGCCGCCCAAGGCACCAGGGCGUCAUGGUGGGCAUGGGUCAGAAGGACUCCUACGUGGGAGACGAAGCUCAGAGCAAGAGAGGCAUCCUGACCCUGAAGUACCCCAUCGAGCACGGAAUCAUCACCAACUGGGACGACAUGGAGAAGAUCUGGCACCACACCUUCUACAAUGAGCUGCGCGUGGCCCCUGAGGAGCACCCAACUUUGCUGACAGAGGCCCCCCUCAACCCCAAAGCCAACCGGGAAAAGAUGACCCAGAUCAUGUUUGAGACCUUCAACGUGCCUGCCAUGUAUGUGGCCAUCCAGGCAGUGCUGUCCCUCUACGCCUCUGGCCGUACCACCGGCAUUGUGUUGGAUUCCGGGGAUGGUGUCACUCACAACGUGCCCAUUUAUGAAGGCUAUGCCUUGCCUCACGCCAUCCAGCGCUUGGAUCUGGCCGGCCGCGACCUGACAGACUACCUGAUGAAGAUCCUAACUGAACGUGGCUACUCCUUCGUCACCACUGCUGAGCGGGAGAUUGUGCGUGACAUCAAGGAGAAGCUGGGCUACGUGGCUCUGGACUUCGAGAACGAGAUGGCCACAGCUGCUUCCUCCUCUUCUCUCGAGAAGAGCUAUGAGCUGCCAGAUGGUCAAGUCAUCACCAUUGGCAACGAGCGGUUCCGGUGCCCAGAGACUCUCUUCCAGCCUUCUUUCAUCGGCAUGGAAUCUGCUGGUAUCCAUGAGACCACCUACAACUCCAUCAUGAAAUGCGACAUUGACAUCCGCAAGGACUUGUAUGCCAACAAUGUCCUCUCCGGGGGCACUACCAUGUACCCUGGCAUCGCUGAUCGGAUGCAAAAGGAAAUCACAGCCUUGGCCCCCAGCACUAUGAAGAUUAAGAUCAUUGCUCCUCCAGAGCGGAAGUACUCUGUGUGGAUCGGUGGUUCCAUCUUGGCCUCUCUGUCCACCUUCCAGCAAAUGUGGAUCAGCAAGCAAGAAUAUGAUGAAGCCGGGCCUUCCAUUGUCCAUAGGAAGUGCUUCUAAAUCUCCUUUCUUUCUCUCUCCUUCUCUCCCCCCCUUCAUUGCUUCUCAUUUCAUGCUCCAAGAGUCAGCC